UUGACAUUCGCUUCGUCUGACAGCUGUCAUCAAGAGCGCGAACUUCAUGACAUUGUUUAUCUGAAAGCGCGCCUGCGCAAGCAUCCAAUAUUUGGAAACGUCAGAAGGACACAACUUGCAGUUUGACGCUUCGCGGUUGAGAUGUAGAGUGGACGUAGUCCUGGGUAAAGAAGAUGCUUGGGCGUAGAUAGCUUUAGUGCAGAGCUUCUGUUGUUAAUAACGAUAGCCCAGUGAACUAAUGGCUUUACUUGUCACCGUGUAGUUUCUGUUUUUUUCCCCCCCAAACAAUGGAUGGAUGUGAGUUGAUUGAUGCCACAGGUCUCUUCGGUGGAAAGAUGCUGUCAAAAAAGACCACCCGUCGCGUCAGGGCACUCGCGUCUGUCUGUCUUUGCAUCAUUGCAAUCCUCUUGUCGGUUACUGCGUUACUGACCUCGCACUGGUGUAAAGGCACACAGAGGGUGCCGAAACCGAGUUGCUCAAAGCAGCGUCUACACAACUGCAUUGACUACGGCGUGAACGAGACCGACACCAAUAAAGUUGUUUACAGCUGGGAGACCGGAGAUGACAGGUUCCUUUUCAGAUAUUUCCACACAGGGAUAUGGUACUCCUGCGAGGAGGACAUCCACGUGGAAGGGGAAGAGAGGUGCCGGAGCUUCAUAGAUCUGGCCCCAGCAUCAUCGAGAGAUGUCCUGUGGCUGUCUGUGAUCUCGGAGCUGCUGUACAUCACCUUCCUCAUGGUGGGCUUUGGCCUCAUGUGCGCCGAGCUCUUCCACUCCAGCGACGUGAUCGACGGGCUCAAGCUGAAUGCCUUUGCUGCUGUGUUCACCGUCCUCUCAGGACUCUUGGGCAUGGUGGCUCACAUGAUGUACACCCAAGUCUUCCAGGUGACUGCCAACCAUGGACCUCGAGAGUGGAGGCCGUACACUUGGGACUAUGGCUGGUCCUUUGGAAUGGCCUGGGGUUCAUUUACUUGUUGCAUGGGUGCUUCAGUGACUACCCUCAACUCUUACACAAAGACCGUCAUCGAAUUCCGCAACCGGCGCAAGACGUUUGGGCAGAGCCACCGCAAGAAGCAGGCUUUCCUCGAUGACCAGGGCAUCAGCGACCUCCGCAACCGGCCUCUGCCUUCGGUUUCCGAGUCCGUGGAUGCGAAGGCGGAGAAAGAGUGCAACGGCGUAGAAACCUGCCCACCUCAGCCCUCCCCUCAGCCCUCCCCUCAGCCCUCCCCUCAGCCCUCCCCUCAGCCCAGCCACAAAUCAGACAGCCAGACCCAAACAGAGGAGGACCAGUGCUGAUUACAGGGUUAAAGAGAAAUGGAUUAACAGACCUGGAGAGUGUGAGAGAGAGAGAGAGAGAGAGAGAGAGAGAGAGAGAAUUCUGGGAAAUCUGGUUAAAAAGAGAAAGAAGCCCUUCUGAACCAGGGCAGUGUUGUUACUGUGGUGUGUGGUUACCAAUUGUCUCAUGAAAAAAAAGUCCUUCAAGAAACAGGGCAGUUAACUUCAUGAUUUAUUUUUCUUUUUGAGGAAUUCUAAAAAAGAGGCAAAGGAUGCUCUCGGGCUAAAAGGACAGAACUAUAACUGCCAUGGCAGAGGAAAAAUAAACUUAAUAUUCACAGUGCUCUACCCUUUGAGACUCUUGCCACGUGUUAUUCUCAGUUACUGUGAAUGCUGUCAUCUACAAAUGCCAUAUGAUGAAAUUUGUUGGAUUAUAAUUUAAUGUCAUGGUAUUGUAUAUUGAAUGUAUGUACUGUAAUUCUUUACUGCUUUUCAAUCCCGCCAUAAACAGUCCAUCGCACUCUGUGGUGUCCUUUUCCGAGAAUAUACAGUUCAGAUUAUUUUGCCGGUUCAGUGUAGUAAUGAGGAAGCACUCUGUUAUGUAAUGCUUGACUGUGGAGUACUUCAUAUACCAUUGUGUUGGAUAUGGAUGGCAAUUGAAUUCAGAUUACAGCAUAGCUUAACAGAUCUAUGAUUACAAACAAAAUUCUAUCUUUAUUCUAUCGAAUGACCACAAAUAAGUGAAACCGUCCAUUGCAGUUCCUCUGUACUUCUAAUCAAAAUGCA